AUGUCCGGAUCCUCCAGUGUCGGAAACGCCGCCGUCUAUGAGGCAGGCGACCAGCGCAACGCCCCCGCGUCUCAGAAGCAAGACGACCAGGCCGAACGCUACGAGGAGGGCAAGGAACACUCCCACAAGGAAAAUGAUUCCAAGGACGAGCGCAGCAUAGCCAACCGUCUUGCGGCUGCUCAUGACCAGAACGACCCCAACGAUGGCAGCGGCAAGAAGAAGACGGCCGAGCAGAUCGCCGGCGAGCACGACCCCACCGCCCCGGCCAAGAUGCACGGCAAUGAGCCGUCCAGAGGCGCCAAGAUCGACAAGGCCAUUGAGGACGAGGAGGCCGAGCUCCUGAGGCGGAAGGAUGAGAGCCAGAACGGCAAGACAUUGUAA